GAUGGAAUUCAAGUUGGAGGGUAAGGAUUCAUAAUUACUCGGUGUUGACGUCCUGCGAUUGUCUUCAGCGGCCGCGGGAGGGUCUGUUGGGAUGUGGGGUGAUGUAGGAUGGGAUGGGGAUUGAAUAGCCUGGGGGAUGAAGCUCGAAGUUGAUGGGUUUGCUACGCAACGAUCACUGGCAAGCUCCACGAUAUCGAUGAGCAUUGAAGACAUCUAACUCGAAAAGAGUGGUGGUGGGAUGGAGGCGCGAUUCUGUUCUGCUUUCGUUCCGGCCAACGCCAAUUAUAGCCUGGGACCGCAGCAAGAAUUCAUUCAUUCAAUUCAUCUUACACCUAGCUUAGCGGCGGCCGUUGAAUGGGCCGACAUUCGUGCUGUCCACGCUCUGGCAGGGUUUUAUUGACACGCCCAUUUUAUUACUUACUAUACGGCGGCUUCGACUUCGAGAUGCGAUAUGGUAUGGUAUGAGGGGACGCACUGCGGAUGACGAACUUGGAUGAACAGGCGGCAAGGUUUGACUUCGCCGGGAUUACCUUAUUUUUAUUUUCAACCCUCGAAGCACAAAUCAAUCGUUCGCAAACAUCACAACAAAGGUCAACCGUGAUGCUUGUCCGAACCAUCUGAUCUUUGCACUGGCCCCGGUCUACUUCCCUUCUCCCGAUAUCUCACUCGUUGACGACUCCAUCUGUUGUUCGUAGGUCCACCGAGGCGCCGCACCAGACCAUAUAUAGUAUGUUUUUGUUUCGAUGGAUGAUUGAACUGACGCUGUGUUUCAUCUUUCGGAACCGGAGGACGA